AUGUCAUAUCAAGCUGAAGUGAUUAACACACAGCCUCAGGUGACGGUCACUAGUUACACCAUUUCCAACACCUCUGACUGGAGCUCCAACCUGUGUGACUGUUGUGAAGACUGUGGCAUCUGCCUGUGUGGGGCGUUCAUCCCAUGCAUCCUGGGCUGUAAGGUGGCACAGGACCAUGGUGAUAGCUGCUGUCUACCUUUUCUACCCGGGGCCAUGAUUGCUUUACGAACUGGCAUCCGUAACAAAUACAACAUCAAUGGGUCGAUCUGUGAUGACUGGGUGGUUAUGGCAUGUUGUCCUCUAUGUGGGCUCUGCCAGAUGGCACGGGAACAGAAGAUGAGGGGAUGAUAAGUCCGAAGGGCAGAAGAAGAA